CCCACACCCACCAGACCAGGUUAUCGCGAGACUCAUGUUGAACCACCUUGGCGAAAAAAAGGUUUCCUUACCCUGACGCCCGCCGAAUUCGGGUCGAAUCACAGUUGACGUGGCGCGACCCCGAAGAUGUCCUAGAAAAGGACUAAUCUUUCCUUUGCAGUCCUUCCUCAAAUAUUUCACGUUGGCCAAAUAGUCCACUUUGACGCACUUGCAUUGUUAACACUCUAUAAGUUCCUUCAGUGUACUACAUAUCCUUUCUGAUCAUGGCUCCCUCUCGCAUUGACUCGCCCGAGGUCACUCCGCUUCCGUCGACCAAGCUGCAGUCGAGCCAGAAGCAAGAGACCCGAUAUGGCGACUUUCGCGAUGACUUCUUCCGGGAUGGCUACGCCGUCAUCAAGGGUGCCUUGACCCCUGAGCGCGCGAAGGAAUACCAGAGCCGGGCUCUGGACUGGCUCGAGUCUUUUGGUCUUGGAUUCGACCGCAACGACAAGUCCACCUGGAAGAAGGAGAAUCUUCCUCAGAGCUGGAAAGGAGGCAUGUACCUCCAUUUCUCUGCCGCGCACGAGAAAUACGUCUGGGACGUCCGCUGUGAACCCGGUGUGAUCGCCCCGUUUGCCAAACUCUGGGAGACCGAUGAGUUGGUCGUCUCCUUUGACACAGUCAAUAUCACCCUUCCGCAAUCCAUUGUGGGCGAGUACGACUCCAAACCCUGGCCCCACGUCGACCAAGCCCCCGAGCGCCGGGGCAUGAAUUGCGUGCAGGGGAUCGUGAACCUUUCCAAGGCAGGUCCGGAAGACGGCGGCCUGGUCGUGAUGAAAGGGUCGGCGCCCCUGUUCGAUCAAUUCUUUGCUGAAAACCCCGUGACGGGGCCUACGCCAUGGCGCACGGCCAAACACAAGGACUUCCACCCGUUCUCUGAGGAGAACCUGGAGUGGUACCGCGCGCACGGCUGCGAGCUAAUCAAGGUGUGCGCCGAGCCGGGGGACCUGAUUAUCUGGGACUCGCGACAGAUCCAUUGGGCUCAGUUUGGGGAGUCGGAUGUGGUGCGCACCAUUGUCUACACGACCUACACGCCUGCAAAGUGGAUGUCCGAGGAGGACCGGAAGAAGAAGACGGAAUUAUUUGAGCAGUACGAGACGACGACCCACUGGCCGCAUACCAAUCUGUAUACGCAUGGCAAGGCGACUGUGACGGUGGACGGGGAGGAGAGGCCGGACCCCUUGGAGAGAGACGAGCCUCUCACAAAGCCGGUGCGGACGGAGCAAUUGUUGCAGUUGGCUGAUCCUCUCAAUCUGCCUCAAUGGCACAAGUGGGUGAUCACCUGUGUGCUGGGAGUGUUCUCCAUCCUGGGUGUGCUCUUGACCUCUGGGAUGGGCCCCUUCGUCACUACAAUGCAGGCCUACUACGACUAUGACACGCGCGUGAAUGACCUCAUGACCUAUCCGACCCUGUUCAUGGGGAUCGGCAACUUGCUCGCUAUGCCAAUGGCCAUGGCCGUCGGGCGAAGACCGAUCUUCCUUGCCUCAGCCUUGAUCCUGACGGUGGGCGCCAUCUGGUGUGCUGUGAGUGGGAGUCUCGGGUCACACAUCGCCGCACGAGACGUUCUGUCGCUAGCAGCGGGACAAUCAGAGGCCUUGUGUCCAUUAAUUAUCCAGGAAAUCCACUUUGUUCAUGAGCGCAGCAGUAGGCUGGCCUGGUUCAGCGCAAUUCAAUCCAUCGGGUCGGCAGCCCUCACAAUCGCCACCUCUUACCUCGUCAUCCAUCUUGGCUGGCGUUGGUGGUACGGAAUCUUCGCCAUUGCCAGCGGGUUUGUGUUUAUCGUGGCCCUCCUCCUCGGAGAAGAAGUCGCCGUCGUCGUGCACGCUACGACCAAGCACCCUGUCCCUCUGGACUACACACGCUACCAAGCCCGGACCGUCCGCUACAGUCUGCAAAUCUUCCAUGGCCCGGCCAAUUGGCGCGCUGCCGCUAGAUGCUGGAAGCAGAUGAGCCAAUGUAUCCUCUUUCCCAACAUCCUAUGGGUGGUGUUGAUGAACAGCAUUGCAUUGGGGAUCUAUGUCAUUGGGACCACCGAGUACGCAACCUUGCUCGCCGCACCGCCCUACAGCUACCCGGACAGCAGCCUGGGUCUCGUCCAGGGCGGACAGAUCGUCGUCUCCAUGCUGAUGGUGCCGCUUCUGGGCUACGGUGGAGACCAACUGCAUAAGUGGAUCGCGCGGCGCCGCGAUGGCGUCGUCGCCCCCGAGAUGCGACUCAUCCCGAUCGUACUGCCCGUGGCAGUAGUGCUGAUAUCGGCGGUGAUCUACGGCCGCGCCGGCUCGCAUCCAACCGAGUGGUCUUCGUGGGCGAUAGUCACCACCUUCAACGGCAUGUAUUUUGGCUUCAUCGGCAUCGUCCUGAAUGGGUUCACCUACUCGCUAGAUAGUUAUGGCGAGCGCGCCGCGCCCAUCCUGGUGUUGAUCUGUGCCAUCCGUGGACUCAUUUCGUUUGGGAUCUCAUUUGGCAUCACCAGUUUCAUCGCGCAAAGGGGGUAUCAGGGAAGCUUCAAUAUUUGUGCGAUCAUCAUGGGGGUGAUUUCAGCCGGGGGACUGCCGGUAUUCAUUCUGGGGCCUAAGAUUCGGGCGCUGACAAUGAAGUAUGCCGUGGAUGGGAGGAGGGCCGAGAUUUGAUUCUUACCUUUAAUUACCGAGACAUGUUCAUGACCGUAUUAUGAUACAGUUCCAGGUCCUUCGUAUUUCUCCACUUUUGCGGGGAAAUCCGGCCGAAC